AUGACAAGUUUGUCCAACUCAAUCAUCGUGAGGGAAGAAUUAAAAAAGGAGCUGCCAGCAACAUAUUUAUUGAACGUCAAAAAGAGAAGAAAGAUCAGAGACAGGAGAAAGAAGAUCAAAGAAAAGUCGAAGAAACAACACUAUUUAUUUCUUCAAAAGACGCCUAUGGUUCCCAGAUUACAAGUCGAAGAAGCGAGCAUGUCGAAGAAGCGAUGGACGCCAUUGUUUUCCUCCAAGUCCACGCUUUCCUGGUCUCAUUCCAGCGCGCCCAAUGGCCAUGGAUCUUUUGACUGGACGAAAUCCUCCACGAUUGAUGUAGAGGCGCUUCUCCAUGUCGAGUCCUUCAAUUGGCUCCGAAUCGUCGCUUGGCAAUAA